GCUAGCUAAUUUGCAUCUUCUUCAAUCAGUCAACGUCAACAACAGUAAUUACAACCACAUCCGAUGAAAUAAGAUCGUCUCCAUUGACCUCCUCGCAAACGCUUUCAUGUUUGCCCGCCGCGCCGACCUGCUGAAAAGAGGCUGUCGCUACCUCGUCCACCCGAGCCCGAACUACAAGCCUUCCAUCCACCGCGCACCAGCCUCGGCGGCACCGUUCUCGUCGCUAUCCUCGCGGGCUUUUGCUGCUGUAAACGCAGCGAUGGCAGACACAGCUAGCUCCUCGGGCGUGACGGCGGACGGGCUGAAGCAGAAACUCGCGGCGCAGUUGGAGGCGCAACACGUUGAGAUUGAGGAUAUGUCUGGCGGCUGUGGCCAGGCCUUCCAGGCGAUUAUUGUUUCCCCGCAGUUUGAUAAAAAGACCAUGCUUGCUCGGCACAGGCUCGUCAACUCGGUUUUGAAAGAAGAGAUUGCCGCCAUCCACGCUUGGACGCCCAAGUGUUAUACGCCCGAGCAAUGGCAGAAGCUGCAGGAAGAAUAACUGGUUCUACGUGGAGAUGGGAGCGACAGCCGGGCUGUCUGAUCAUUGUACUUAAUACACCGAGGCAUUUUAUGAUACGUAAACCAGGCUAUGUUUUCAUCG